AUGAAUGCUGCCCGGGCUCUGCUCUCCGCCGUGUUCCUCGCGGGUUUCUUCUGGGGGGACCUUCCCUGUUGCCAGCAGGCCACCAUCCCCGCCGCCGCCGCGCCGUCUCUGCGGGAGUCCGGCAAGGGCAAGCGGAGCUGCCGGGAAGGCGGAGCGUCCCGAUCGGCUGGCGACGCGGCCCCGAAGGCACCGGCCGCAGCCCAGCCGCGCGUGGAGCCCCACGAGUACAUGCUCUCCCUCUACCGGACCUACUCCAUCGCCGAGAAACUGGGCAUCAACGCCAGCUUCUUCCAGGCCUCCAAAGCAGCCAACACCAUCACCAGCUUUGUGGACAGGGGGCGAGACGAUCUUUCGCCCACCGCUUUAAGGAGACAAAAAUAUUUGUUUGAUGUAUCGACUCUCUCAGACAAAGAGGAGCUGGUGGGGGCCGAGCUCCGUCUCUUUCGCAAAGCCCCCGGCGAUCCCUUCUCCAAGGCUCAGACAGGCUUGGCCCGUCUGCAGGUCUCGCCCUGCCUUUCGGGCCGCCGUUUGGACUCCAGGACUCUGGACUUGCAGGAGGCGGCGCCUGCCCGGCCCGGUGGCGACUGGGAGGUCUUUGAUGUGGGGCAAGCUUUACAGCCUCUUCGCGGGGCCUGGAAGAAGCGGCAGCCGCUUUGCCUGGAGCUGCGGGCCGUCGGGGGGAUUCGAGCUCACCCCCCUCCGCAGCUGCUGGACCUGCGCCCCCUAGGCCUGGGGCGAGGCGCCCGGGCGCAGCAGGAGAAGGCGCUGCUGGUGGUCUUCAGCAAGUCCAGGCGGAAGAACCUCUUUGCGGAGUUGCGUCAGGAGCCGGGAGUCCGGCCACCGCCGCAAAACGCGGCCGCGCUCCCCUGGGAAGCAGCGGGCCCGGUCCAGCUGCGCUUUCAGGCCCGCCGGAUGAAGCGCGCCGCGUACAACAACCGGCACGGCAAGCGGCACGGCAAGAAGGCGCGGCUCCGGUGCACCAAGAAGGCGUUGCACGUGAACUUCAAGGAUCUGGGCUGGGACGACUGGAUCAUCGCCCCGCUCGAGUACGAGGCCUACCACUGCGAGGGCGUGUGCGACUUCCCGCUGCGCUCGCACCUGGAGCCCACGAACCACGCCAUCAUCCAGACCCUCAUGAACUCCAUGGACCCGGGCGCCACGCCGCCCAGCUGCUGCGUGCCGGCCAAGCUGACGCCCAUCAGCAUCCUCUACACGGACGCGGGAAACAACGUCGUGUACAAACAGUACGAGGACAUGGUGGUCGAGUCCUGCGGAUGCAGGUAG